AUGAGGGCCACCGCAGUAGCUGGCCUGGCCGGCCUCGCGGGCUUGAGCUGUGCUGGAGAAACAACCUACCACAACCCGAUCAUCCCGGGCUUCCACCCAGACCCAAGCUGCAUCUUCGUGCCAGAAUGGGACAACACGCACUUCUGCGCCGUUUCCUCCUUCAUCGCUUUCCCAGCCAUGCCAGUGUUCGCCAGCAAGGACCUGGUCAACUGGAAGCUGAUCAGCCACGUCCAGAACAGACCAUCGCAGUCUCCGACGGCCGGCAACCUCACCAGAAGUUCCGGAGGCUGGUACGCUCCAACGCUGCGCUACCACGAGGGGAAGUUCUACGUGAUCAAUGUGGAUGUGGAUGCGCCGUCGCCGAGUUCGGGCAUCUUCACGACCACAGAUCCUUAUGAUGAUGCGGCGUGGAGUGAUCUGCUUCCCGUCGAGAUCGGUGGGUACGACCCAGACAUCUUCUUCGAUGAGGACGGCACUAUCUAUUCUCAAGCCGCCAUUACGAUCAACGAUGAUCCUUUCACAACAGAGAUUCAGCAGUUCACUAUCGAACUUCCUUCUGGAAACACCACGCCCCGGAAGUCUCUAACCAACGGCACCAACGUUCAACCACCGGAAGGUCCGCACAUGUACUACAAAGACGGCUGGUAUUACUUGCUGUUGGCAGAGGGUGGUACGGCCUUGGACCAUCAGGUCACCAUCUCCCGCUCCCGGAAGCCCACUGGCCCUUUCAAGCUGGGUCCAGCGAACCCGAUCCUCACCGCAGAACCAGACUCCCUCUUCCAGACGGUCGGCCACGCAGAUCUCUUCCAAGACGCUGAAGGGAACUGGUGGGGAGUCGCUCUGUCCACUCGCUCGGGCCCGGAAUACGUGCACUGGCCCAUGAACCGCGAAACCGUCCUGUACCCAGUCUCCUGGCCAAAGGGCGAGUGGCCAGUGCUCGACCAUGUUCGCGGCACCAUGUCUGGUCCAUUGCCACCUCAGAACCUCGACGUGCCUGGUACUGGCCCGUUCGUCAAAGACCCGGACCACUACACCUUCCCUCGCGGCUCACCCCUACCACGCCACUUUACCUUCUGGCGCUUCCCGCACGAGGAGAAAUACACCAUCUCCCCACCAGGUCACGCCAACAGCCUGCGCCUGUCUCCCUCCAAUGCCAACCUCUCCCAGUUCCCGGCUUUCGACCCGCUCGCCGGCCAGACGUUUGUUGGUCGCCGCCAGGUCGAUACGCUGUUUAAGUAUAGUGUUGACAUGGAGUUCGCGCCGUCUAGCAAGGGAGAAGAGGCUGGUGUGACCAUGUUCCUGGCUUCCGAGCGCCAUGCUGAUUUGGGGGUUGUGUACAGCAAGGGCGCACCACACCUGCGCUUCCGUGCCAAUGGUCCUGAUGCGCCGGCGACAGUCGUAAAGCCGCUGCCCAAGGGCUGCGAGGAUGGCAUUAGUUUCCAGAUACAUGCGUUCAACUUCACGCACUACUCGUUCUCGGCUGGACCGCGACAUGGUGGGAGGAUGGAGGAUAUUGCUCUGGUGAACAACACGCUGUUCUCCACUUCGUUCACCGGUGUAUUUGCCGGCAUCUACGCCACAACGAACGGCAACGGUGAAGAGGGUACUCCUGCAUACUUUAAGAACUGGCGGUACCAGGGUCUGGGUCAGGCGGGCGCCAUCGAUAAAGAUGGGAGUGUAGAGUACUACCCAAGCAACGGGCAGGAAUAA